AUGUCGUCAUCUCGUCAGUACUCUCACUCUCCCAGAAAAUCCAAGGCUAACUCCAAAAAGAAAAUACUGACGUUCAUGGCAAAUCAGAUUGCCAGAAUCGUGCCAAAGAUAGUGUCUGAGAUUCAAGCCUCCAGCACUCCCAAUCAUUCUGGCGAUUCUCACGUAGUACAGCCUAAACCAGUCUCAUUCAACUACAAACACUUCACUGCCUGUAACCCCAAAACUUUCACUGGGAAGGAUGGAGUGACAGCUAUGUUGGAAUGGUUUGACAGCAUGGAAGUCACGUUCAUAAAUAGUGAAUGUCCAGAGGAACUCAAGGUGCGAAGUGCCACUGGUGUUUUCCAAGCCAGGGCACUAGACUGGUGGACUAACGAGAGAAACAUUCGAUCCAAUGAGCUAGCUUACGCGUUGUCUUGGGAAGAGCUCAGGCAGCUUAUGAUGGAGGAAUUCUGCCCUCCUCAUGAGCAGCAGAAGUUAGAAGAAGAGUUCUGGACCCUCAAACAAGUUGGGGAUGAAAACCUUGCAUACACUACCCGGUUCAAGCAGUUGUGUUUUAUCGUGCCUCAUUUGGCGUUGACCACAGAACGCACCAUUCGGAAAUAUAUUGAUGGGUUGCCUCCUACGAUGCGUGAUACCAUCGAGGCGGCUAGGUUGGAUAAUAUUGAGGACGUGUACCGCCUCGCGGCAAGUUUGAAUAAUAAUCGAGUUCGUGAUAAACAAGUCGCAGCAGCAUCUAAACCUACAUCCUCCUCAAAACCCGCUCAUCAAAUCACCCACAACAAUAGGGGAAAGAAGCGUGCUCACCAAUCCUCAGUUUGCAACGCUGUUACACCAGUUGAAAAUCCAAAACCUAACCCAGCAAGCCCAGAAAAGAAGCAAUACACAGGAACAAACCCUAAGUGCACCACUUGCCACUUUCAUCACCCAACUACGAGCCCAUGUAGACACUGUACCUCCUGUAAUCGUUAUGGGCAUCUGGCAGCAUACUGUCGCAACAACCCUACGACAGCCCAAAACUCAAAGCCAGCAAAUGUGGUCAGGGCAUGUUUCAAAUGUGGGGAUCCAACUCACCUACGACCUCAGUGUCCUCAAUUGAGGCAAGAUCUACAGCAGAAGGCACCACAAGGCCGUGCUUUUGUUAUCAAUGCUCAGCAAGCGCGCAACGACAACGAGGUCGUGAACGAUAAAUGUUUUGUAUCUGUAGAAUUUGAACCAUUGUUAAAAUGCACACGCUCAAAACUACCUAAGUCAUUCCCAGUCGAAGUUGCCAAUGACAAGUCUACUCGUGUCGAUUCUGUUCUUCGUAAUUGUACUCUCACUUUGAAUGAUCAUGCCUUCUCAAUUGACCCCAUGGAGUUGGGUAGUUUCGAUAUCAUAGUAGGUAUGGAUUGGCUUCGAAAGAACCAUGCUGAAAUUGCCUGUUUCGAAAAAUAUGUUCGUUUGCCUCUUCCAUCAGGCGAUACCCUACAUGUUUAUGGGGAUCGACCUUCCAAAGUGGAAGAAAAGGGCAAGGGAAAAUGCGUAAGCGAUGUUCCAGUUGUACGUGAAUUCCCAGAAGUUUUUCCUGAGGAUUUACCUGGUCCUCCUCCUCCUCGAUCAGUUGACUUUCGUAUCGACCUUGUGCCUGGUGCAACUCCUGUUGCACGAGCUCCCUAUCGCCUUGCACCAUCUGAGAUGCAAGAGCUUUCCAGCUAA